UCUUUUUGGGGACGUUUUUUUUAAAACGAGGCCUAGUCCGGGAAGGAAGAGUUGCCGUGGCAACCGCCGGGAUGCGCUUGCGCGGGCCUAGCAUGGCGCUGCGGCUGGCUCCGCGGCGCUGGCUCGGUCGGCAACCGUUCCCUCAGCCUCCCGGAGGCGAAGGGGUGGCCGACGUGCAAGAGCUGCUGCAAAACGCCACCGUCGAGGCGGACGAGCAGCCGCGGAAGACGCAGCGUGCCGCCCCCGAGGAAACCUCCGUGCUGCUCUUCCCCGGCCAGGGCAGCCAGUUCGUGGGAAUGGGCCGCGGGUUGCUGCGCUAUCCGAACGUGCGGGAGCUUUUCCGCGUGGCCGAAGCCGUGCUCGGCUACGACCUGUGGAGCCUCUGCCGGGACGGGCCUGACGCCCGGCUGCACCGCACCGUCCACAGCCAGCCCGCCGUCUUCGUGUGCUCUUUGGCUGCCGUGGAGAAGCUGCACCAUCAGCAGCCCUGGGUGAGGAAGGGCCUCUGGGUGGGGGAGACCCCCGAAGGCCAGGAGCGAAAAGAGGUGUUUUUUUGCUGCUCUAGAGAUAUUUUUUUCUUUUCCGCAGCCCUGUAUGCUGUCAAGAUACGGGCUGAAGCCAUGCAAGAGGCCUCCGAAGUCAUACCAAGUGGGAUGCUCUCGGUUGUUGGCCGAAGAGAUUCCGAUUAUAAAACUGCUUGUUUGGAAGCUCGUGAAUACUGCAAGACGGUGGGCAUAGAAGACCCUGUAUGUGAAGUUUCAAACUACUUGUUUCCAGACAGCAGGGUCAUUGCAGGACACUUACAGGCUUUGGAAUUUCUACAGAAAAAUUCAAGGAAAUUCUCAUUUGCACGUGUAAAAAUGCUACCCGUGAGUGGUGCUUUUCAUACCCGCCUAAUGAAAUCAGCAACGCAACCUUUAGCGGAAGCUCUUGAAUCAAUCAGCUUCCAACCACCACUCAUCCCUGUCUAUUCAAAUGUGGAUAGCAAAAAAUACAGGCAACCGGAACAGAUUCAGCGUUGUUUAGUGGAACAGUUGGUUUCACCAGUAAAAUGGGAGCAAAUAAUGCACACAAUCUAUGAAAGGAAUAAAGGAAAAAUGUUUCCUUAUACAUAUGAAGUGGGACCUGGAAAACAGUUAGGUGCAAUUCUAAGAGGUUGCAAUUUAAAGGCUUCAAAAUAUUAUAGUAAUAUUGAUGUUUCUGAAGAUGAAACAAAUGAAGAAACGUAGAGAUCCUUGCAAGAGAUGGAAAGUCAUUUGCUGCCUGCUUAACUUCUUUGCACAGG